AUGGGCUACUUCUGGUUUGUCGGGAGAGCUGAUGAUGUGAUUAACUCGGCUGAUUACCGCAUAGGUCCGUUUGAAGUUAGAUCGACCUUGAAGCUGCAUCCUGUCGUGGCAGAAUCUGCCGCUAUUUCCUCACCUGAUCCCAAGAGGGGCGAAGUUGUUAAGACUUUUGUCGUCUUGACAGACGAAUAUUCCCAGAGAAUGUCAACGCAGCAAGAUUUGGACGCUCUAAUAAACGAGUUGCAAAAAUUUUACAAAUUAAACGCAGCCCCUUACAAGUAUCCUCGCAAGAUCUAA